AUGGUCCGUAGCAUGGCACGCCCACGCGGCGUCCUCACCCUCAUGGCCAUCACCAGCCUUGUCACCGUCUGGCUGUGUCAACUUCCCCAGCUAAACAUCUACUCGUCCUCCAAUACCGACAUCACACGAGGUCCCAUAGUCCAACGCCAUCUUGACCUCUCCCUUCCCGAUGCUCCUUUCAUAGGCUGGCCGCUCGAGCGAGUUUGCUGGGAGACCACUUGGACUCCCAGUUUGGUCUUUGUUUGCGACAACAACUCCGGUGGCAUCGGCAACAUUCGCAACUACAUGUUGACCUGCCUUCGCUACGCCAUUGACGCUGGCGCAACCGGUCUUGUUAUGCCACGAAUCCGAAUCCGGUCUGAAAAAGAUCUAUCCGACAUCACAGCCGAGAACUAUCAACCCUUCACCUACUUCUUCGAUGAACCGCACCUCCGUCAAAGCCUUCAGUCGUCCUGCCCGCAAAUCACCAUCUACGAUACCACGUCCGACGUGCCCAAUGCUCCUGUCCCGUUCAAGGCCGAAGAGGUUACACCCAAGAACUUGGGGAGAAGAGGAGGCUGCGACAGAAGAGAUCACAAUAAACACACCGGCUUGUUUGCCUCCGCCUUUGCGAACCACUUGCGCUCCACUGCCGCCGAGUUCAACCUCCCGCACCCUCCCAGCCCCGACCACCCGCGCAUCUUCCGGCUGACCUGGGGCGUCCAAUUCGAAUGGCCCGUCUUCCGCGACGGUCCCGAAUUCGCUUCCACCUUCGGCGGUCUGUUGCGGUUCCGGCCUGACAUCCUUGCCCUGGGAAGGAAAAUUGUCGGACACAUGCGCCGGCACGCGCGCCAGUUCGACGCCGACUCCCACUCGGGCCGGUUCGUCGGGUACCACCUUCGCACGGAGAACGAUGCGCUCGACUUUUGGCCCAACUAUGCGAACCAGAGCAAGACCUACUUGACAAUGAGUCAGCAGAUGGGAUACGAUAUGAAAGCUGGCUACCUGGCCACGGGCAACGAGACGGAGGCGCGCAAGUUCUUCAAGGACUCGACGGUGCUUCAUGGGAUGCGAGUGACAACCAAACGCCUGCUCUUGCAGGACCACAACGACGAUCUAGCGGCACUGGAGAAGCUGACAUGGGAUCAGCAAGCGCUGGUAGACUUUGUUGUCCUGUUGCAGAGUGACUUCUUCCUUGGGGUCAGUCCGAGUUCGUUCAGCAUGAAUGUUGCUCUCAAAAGGCAUCUCCAAGCCGAGGGACUGCAUACCCGGCCAUGGAGGAUAGGUGGCGAGGGAGAUGGGAGGAGCUGGUUGAUGGGCAAGUACCAUCAGUUCUGGGAAGACUGGUUGUUCAUGUACGAGACCAUGUGGCCGUAG